UCGCUGCUUGCCCCACGCUACUUCCCUGCCUCCCGCAGGAUGAUCCCCUAUAUUUUACGGGGGGUGUUACGGGGAGGAGAAAAGUCCCCGCGCUUUGCGUGCAGCGCGUUGCCUCCCUCCGCGCGCUUCUUCUCCCUCCCGUGAAAGCCAAGUGGAACAACUCAAGGGGGAAAGCGACGUGAUGGGAGGCGGCAGCGGGGUGGCGCCCUCCCCCCUUUUCGCAAAGUGGUACAACCCACAGGCGCUGGUGGAGAUAGGAGGAAGAAUCCAACUUGGCGAGGAAAAGGGGGAGAGCGAGCGGCGCAACUUAGUGGCUGUGGUGGGGUGCGCGCAUGCGGGGGACCGGAGCGGAGACAAAGGCGUCGCCGCGCCCCCCCCACCCCAUCCCCGCAUUCCUCCCCGGUUAUAACGCGCCCCCCAUUCCCAUGGAUGCGGGAGUCGCUCCAUGCCCGGGGGGGAGCCGGAGGAGGGCGGGGGAAUGGCGGGAGGGCGGCGGGCAGGAGGAGGAGGAGGAGGUGGAGGCAGCAGCGCAUCACCCGGGGGGGUGUCGGUGAAGAUGUCGCUUCGCCGCGCCUACUCCAUCAAGGACAAGCUCCAGGCCAUCGAGAGGGUGAAGAAGGGCGAGCGCCAGGCGUCGGUGUGCCGGGCUUUCGGAGUGCCGGGGGGCACGCUCCGGGGGUGGCUGAAGGACGAGGCGAAGCUCCGCUGGUUCCUGGAGCAGCUCGGCGGCGAGGUGGGCACCCAGCGCAAGAAGAUGCGCUUGGCCAACGAGGAGGAGAUCGACCGCGCCGUCUACGCCUGGUUCCUCGCCCUGCGCCAGCACGGCGUGCCGCUCUCCGGACCCCUCAUCCAGGCGCAGGCGGAAGCCUUCGCCCGGCAGAUCUACGGGCCUGAAUGCACCUUCAAGGCGAGCCACGGCUGGUUCUGGCGCUGGCAGAAGCGCCACGGCAUCUCCAGCCAACGCAUCUACGGCGAGGGCGGCCUCCCCCCCGAGCCCGAGCGCGCCCCGGCCGCCCGCGCCGAGGUCCUGCCCGAUGCCGGCGGCUACGGGGAUGAGCAGAUCUACAACGCCAACAUCACCAGGCUCUUCUGGAAGCUUCUUCCCAGUGCUGGAAUCACGGCGAGGCGUCCGGCCCGCGGCGAGCGUGUCACGGUGCUGCUGGCCGCCAACUUGACCGGCUCCCACAAACUCAAGCCCUUGGUGGUCGGAGGUCUCCGUGAUCCCGCCAGCCUCCGGCAUCACAACCAGGAGAAAUUCCCGGCUUGCUACCGCUACAGCCCCGAGGCCCGGCUGGCGCCGGCGCUUCUGCGGGCUUGGUUCUUUGAGGACUUCGUGCCGGGGGUCAAGCGGUACCUGCGGCGGAGCUGCCUGCAGCAGAAGGCCGUGCUGCUGCUCAGCUCCGCUCCGUCCCGCUCUGGAGCGGGGGCUGAGGAUUCUCCGCCGCUCCAGACUCCAGAUGGGUCCAUCCGUGCGCUGUUCCUCUCCAAGGGUCCCUCUGGGAGCGGUUUGGCUGGAGCAGGAGGCCGAAUCCCGGCGCCGCUGGAGCAAGGGGUGGUGUUGGCCUUCAAGCAGCUCUACAAGCGGGAAUUGCUGCGCUUGGCCGUGUCCUGCGGCGGCCCCGGCAGUCCCGCGGACUUCGUGCGCUCCUUCCUCCUCAAGGACAUGUUGUACCUGGCUGGGCUCUCCUGGGAUCUCAUCCCGCCCGGAUCCAUCGAGAAGUGCUGGCUGCUGGGGCUGCGCGCCGCCUUCGAGCCCCAGCCCGGCGAGGAAGAGCACGGGGACACCCCGGGAGGGGAGGAAGGUGGAGGGGACAGCAAGGUCUUCAGUGACCUGACACACCUGGCCGCCUUAGCCUUCAAAUGCUUGGCUCCCGAGGAAGUGUCCGACUGGUUGCACUUGGAUGAUGCAGCUCCAGGUGCAGAGGAGGAUGAUGAUGGUGAGGAGGACGCCGAGGAAGAAGGCGCCGAGGGCUGCGGGACAGAAGAGGAUGAUGAGGAGGAAGCAGCUGGUGGCAAAAGGGGUGGGGAAGGAGGAGAUCCUUUGCUGCCCACAGCCGGGGAAGCCAUCCAGGGUCUGGAGACGGCGCUGCGCUGGCUGGAGAGACAGGAUCCCCGGGAAGUGGGGCCGCUGAAGCUGGUGCAGCUCCGCUCCCUCAUCUCCAUGGCCCAGCGGCUGCGCCACGGCUGCAGCCCCCAAUCCUAGGGCAGGGGCAGCUGCCACUUACUUGGCUACCAACCACCCCUGGUUGGCCACAGAGCUGGGGACACCCCGGUUGUCCCAGGGGGAUGGCGGUGGAGGUGCCACUCGCCCCUCUGUGACCGUGACUCCCUGGGGAUCAGGAAGCCCAGGUGCCUGUGGGUCACAAUUCAGGGGAUUUUUGUGCAACAACUCGAAUUCCAGGGUUGUUCCUUACCUAAAUAUAUUUAGGAGGUGCUAUUUUUUACAUCCCUUGUGGCCCCUGGUCACUGGCACUGCCAGAAAGGGGGUGGAUGCUCCCCCCAAAUUGCUCAGUUCCCCCCAUUCCAUGGGGAGAAGGGAUGAGGGAAGGACCUGCUCAGUGUCCAUGGGAUAAUGGGGGAUGUUACACUGAAA